AUGCCAAACCAACAGAAGAAAAAUUUUUGUGUGGCCGGAGUGUUGAGUUCGUGUGUGCCUCGGGUUGUGACAGCCCUGGGGACCCCAUUGUGGGUUAAAGCCACCAUCCUCUGCAAAACAGGGGCUCUGCUAGUCAACGCUUCAGGGAAGGAGCUGGACAAGUUCACUGGCGAGAUGCAGUACGGGCUUUUCCACGGCGAGGGUGUAAGGCAGUGCGGGUUGGGAGACAGGCCUUUCCAGUUCUCGAUUUUCCCAGACUUGCUGAAGGCGAUCCCAGUGAGUGUUCAUGUCAACAUCAUUUUCUUCUCCAUCAUCCUGAUCGUUUUAACCAUGGUGGGGGCGGCCUUCUUCAUGUACAACGCUUUUGGCAAACCCUUCGAAUCUCUGCAUGGUCCACUCGGGCUCUACCUUUUGAGCUUCAUCUCGGUGACACUCUGGCCACCAUCAUUGCUCCAUCAGAGCAGUGGGUCCUGUGGCUGUCUGGUCAUGAUCUUGUUCGCUUCUGAAGUGAAAAUCCACCACCUCUCAGAAAAAAUCGCCAAUUUUAAAGAAGGGACUUACACCUACAAAACGCAAAGUGAAAAAUAUACCACCUCGUUCUGGGUUGUUUUUAUUUGUUUUUUUGUUCAUUUUCUGAACGGGCUUCUCAUACGACUUGCUGGAUUUCAGUUCCCUUUUACAAAAUCUAAAGAAACAGAAACAAGUAACGUGGCUGCUGAUUUAAUGUACUGA